AUGAAACUCGAAAAUGAAUCGCCUACAGAUAAGCAGAUUUGUAACAAUAAUUUGAUGGACCAUUCCUAUGACAGUAUGGGUGCGAAUGGUAAAGAUAGCGGCAAUAGUGAUGGCAACAAUAGUGAUAGCAAAAUUUCUGACGAAGCCAUUUUCGUAAAUCAUAAAAUAAAUUCGCUUGGGAAUAGUAAAGAUGAUCCUCAGAAAAUGGAAAAAGAACAAACUCAAAAUAGUGAAUUUCCAAAUUUAAUAAGUGAGGAAGAGAAAAAAAAGCUUUUUUAUAAAAAAGUGGAUGAAAUAUUAAAUAUGAAUAAUUCAAAUGAUGAUGAAUGGAUACAAAGUGAAGAUGAAAAAGCUAGCUCAAAUAGCAUGAUUAUUGAAAAGGAUGAAUAUGUUAAAAAAAUAAAAUCAAAAGAUGUUGAGGGUUGUUAUGGUAAAAAAAUAAAAGCAAAAUAUAGAGACAAAAAUAUAUUUAAUGAAUCGUUUUGGAAUAUCCAAGAUAAUGAACUUCAUAAUAUUUUAAAAAAAAAUAAAUAUGAAUACACUAAAAUGAAUAUUACUAUGGAUAAUGCAUUUUACAAAUAUUUAUAUAUAUGUAAAAAAAAGCAGCAGAAAAAAAUGAUUGCAAAUAGAAACAAAAUUUCCAAAAUCAAUCAAGUUUGUCAAUCAAAUAAAGUGAACGAUUCUAAUUUGAUUUCACCUUUUGGAAGCAAUAGAUAUCAAACAGAAUUUAGUAAUCAUGUUAUAUUGGUAGAUGCAGAAAAUGUAGAAAAAGAUAAUAGUUGGAUAAAUGAUAAUAAUGAAUCAGAUAUCUUUAGUGAGGAAUUGAGCACAGAUACUGAACAACCAGAAAAUAACCAAGUCGAAUUAUCUAAAGACAUAAAUUUUUUAUAUAUAGAAUAUUUUAUUAGAAGUAAAAAAAUAAUAAAGUUAAGAAAUAUAUAUAAAUAUAUAUAUAAUAAAAGAAAUAUAUUUUAUUUAAAAGCUUUAGUAUAUAAAAAUGUGUACAUUUUGAAUUGUGACAAUGAUAUUAAUAAAACAUGUAACAAUUUUGCAAAUAAAAAUAUUAGCAAAUAUUGUAUAAAUAACAAUUUUUUAUGUAUGGCAAUGAACAAUGAUGAAGUAAUUGUUUUUAGUCUAAAAGAAUUAGAAUUAAAUAGUAGAAUAUUUUGUAAAGGCAAUUAUCAAGAUGAUGUUAAAAUUAAAGAAUUUAUAACUACAAUAAUUCCAAAUAAAUAUGAACAAAAUUGUAUGAAAACAAGUUUUAAUUAUUAUGAAAGCUCAUAUUGUACUAUUGUAAAUGAUAUGAUAAAGAAUAUAAGAAAUAUAGAUAUUAACAAUUUGAAUAAGUUAUGUAUAUGUACAGACAAAUCUUUAUAUAUAUACGAAAUUGUAAUUCUAGAAAAUUAUGUUAUCAAAUAUAAAUAUAUCAAUAGUUAUAAUGAAAAAACAAACAGUUUGUUAAUAAAUAAUAAAAUAUGGCUAGCUUAUUUAAUAAAUGAUAAAAAAUUCAUAUAUUUUACAUAUUUUAAUAUUAUAUAUAUGAAUAAAAAUAGUAAAAUGUUUAAUAAUAAUAUUUAUACUAUUUCCAAAGAUAUCAAAUUUAAAUACAGAUUAUUAAAUAUUCAAAUUCAUAAGCAAUUUUUAUUUGCGUCUUAUAACAAUAAGGUAACUGUUUUAAAGGAUGAAAAAUUUUUAUUUGCCAUAAAGUUUGAUAAAACUGGAGAAAUUAUACAAUCAGGAAAUUUGGGAAAUAAAAUCGAAGAUAAUGUGAAUUCUAAAAAACUUGCACAUACUUCUGCUAAUCUUUUGAAUGGCAAAGAUGAAGCAAACUUGGAAAAUGGCGAAAAUGAUGAGAAUGACAUUGAUGAGAAUGGCAUUGAUGAGAAAAGAGAAGAGACAUAUUUUGAAUCAGAAAAAAAAAAAAAAAAAAAAAAAUUUAUACCCUUUCUAUCUAUAUUAGAAUGGGAAAAUUAUUUUUGUGCAGGAUAUGUAAAUAAGCUUAUUAUUUUUGAAUAUUCUUCAUCAAAAGUUCAAAUAAAAAAAAAAUUUAUUUUAAAACAUAAUAUAUGUUAUUUAAAUAAUAGUGUUAAUAAUAUAUUAAUAAUAUAUGACAAAAAAAAUAUAUAUAUUUAUCAAAUAAUUAAUAUAAAUAUGGAAAUAUCUUUAUUUCAAAUAUUUUGUAAAAAUUAUGACAAAAUUCAAAGUUACACAAUUUUAGAAGAAGACAAUAUAUAUGAAUCAUUUAGUAGUUCUAUAAAAUGCUCUAUUAAAAAUAUUAAAAUAAAUAGAACAGAUAAAAUAGCUCGAUUUGUUUUUCCAUUAUUUAAUGGGCCUAAUAAUAAUGGUGAAAAUAAUUAUGACCCAAAAAAGAAGACUGAUGAGCAUAAUACCCACUCUUCAAAAAUUGGAACCAACACAAACAACUUUUAUGUUAACCUUAUCUAUCUUUACAUUCUUAAUAAUAAUAAAGUAGACAUUAUUGUUUUGAAUUCCUUGAUAUAUUUGAUUUAUCUUUUUUUCUAUCACAAAAAGUAUGACUCCCUUCUCAUUUUGAUUCUGUACAUUUACAACGGGGACAUUCCCGCCUUGGUCGAUCUGCCACUAAGAGAAGAGGAUCGAAAAAACAAAAUAAAGAAACUUCUUUUUCUAUUCUUUGAAAUGAAUAUGAAAAGCAUAAUUGAAGGGAGCUAUGGAGGUAGCAUCACAUCUAACAUGUGUAGAGACAGACUUAUUCAAAAUAGCGAACAGACUUAUGAAUCAAAUAAUAUUUAUGAAGGAUAUCAAAAGAAUGGUGUUUCCUCUGAUUUAUUAGCAUAUGAAUUUGAUUCUGAUUCUAAAGAUGCAUCUAACAAAUAUUCAGAUAAAGAAGAAGAUUGGGAAAAAAUCCGAGAAGUAGAAUCAGAAAAUAGUGAAUAUAUAUCAGAUGAAAAAAUAUACAUAAAAAAUAAAGUAGUUAAUAAAUCAUAUAUUGAAGAACUUUUGAAAUUAUGUAGAUUAGCAAUAGAAUUAAGCAUCAAAUUUAAUAUAAAUUUAUAUGAAUAUAUAUUUAAUUUAUUUAAAAUGUAUAAUAUUGAAAAUAUAUAUUUUUAUUUAUGUGAAUAUUAUAUUAUAAAUAAGCAAAUAUGUUUUACUCAUCAUAACUUAAUACAGAAUUUUAUUGAGCAUUUCAGAAAAUUUUACAAAAUAUGUUUAUUUUAUAAUGAUAUUUGUUAUGAUUUAUUUUUAUUUUUUUGUAAUUAUAUAAAUGAUAAAUGGGUAGAGAAUAGCGAUAGUUGCAUUGGUAGACAUGAUGGUAAUUUUCCAAAAUGGGAAUAUAUAAAUAAAUAUAUAUUUUUUUUAAAAUUCAAAAAAAAAAAUUAUAAACAUAUGAUUAAACAAAGGAGUAAUAAUAUAAGAGAAGAAAAAAACAUAACAUUAUUUGAAAAUUUUGAUAAAUAUUUUUGUUAUAAAUAUUUAAAUAUAUGGAAAGGAUUGAGACAUAUUAAAAAUAUAUAUUCAUUUAUAUGUUUAAUAAAUAAAUAUUGUAAAAUAUUUGAAAAUAUAAAUUUAGAAAAUGUAAUAGAAAAUAUUAUAUCUUUAUUACCAGUUCAUAUAUCUUCAUUUUUAUAUAGUAGACAUAAUGAUGAUAAAAUUACAAAUUGUGAAUUUUUUUUAUCAUAUAUAAUUAGAAAAAAAAAUAAAUUCUUUUAUAAAUUUUGCAAAGAUAAUAAUAUUAAUAAUGCAGAUUUCCCUAUAUAUAUUCCAUCAUAUAUAUACACAAAUUUCUACCAAACCUAUUUUUUAUUUGACUAUGUAUAUUCAGUGAUUUUCAAGAUUCCGUUUUCUCUCUCCAUUAAUAGGUACGAAACAAAAAAAUGUGAAGCAAAAAAAUGCGAAGCAAAAAAAUGCGAAGCAAAAAAAUGCGAAGUAAAAAAAUGCGGAGUAAAAAGGCGCGAACCAAAUUUGGGAACAUUUUCAAAAUCAGAACAAGAUAUAAAUAUUUCCCAAAAUUUUGAUAUUAACAAUUUACAAAAUUAUUUUAAUAUUUUUUUUAUGUAUUCAAAAUUCUUUUUAUCAUAUAAAAAUUGUCAUUCCAAUUCUAGUACAAAUAAAAAUGUUAUAUUAUUUAUUAACCAUUUAUGUCGAAGAUGUAGUAAUUUUAGAGACGCAAUAUCUUAUUCUCAAAUUAAAGAAAAUAAAUUUAUGAACAUCUUUUUAUGGGAAUCAAAUAAUUUAUUAGUAGACAAAAAUGUUAACAUAUAUUUAGUUGAAAGCCUUUUAAAUGAUACAAAUGAAAUAUAUAAAAAGAGUUGUAAUGUGAAUCUAAAUUAUUUUUUUAACUUAGACAAAAAUGGAAUCUUUUUACUUUUUCAGCUAUCACUAUUUGAUUGUUUUUAUAUUAUUAAUAAUAUGUUUUAUUAUUAUAAUAUGACUAAUGAAGAACAUCUUAUCAACAAUUUUGUAUAUAAUAUUUGCGAGUUUUAUAUUCAUUUAAUUUCAACAUUAAUAUAUUAUAUAAAUAAUUUAAAAACUAUAUUAAAAAAUAGUUUAGAUUCUGAAAUUUGUGAAGAUCUUGUAAAAAACAUUUUUUAUGAAAUAAAAGAAUCAAAAGAAGAUGGGUUCUAUAAAUUAAAAUUAUUUAUAUUAAAAAUUUUUCAUUAUAUUUCUUUAGAAAAAAAUUAUAUUAUAAAUUCAAAUAUGAAAAAUAUAGUUACAUGGAUUAUAUUACAAAUAUAUUUUAUAAAAAAAGAGAUAAAUAAAAUUGUUAAUUGUUUAACAUAUAUGUUGAUACUUUUUUUUAUUUUUGCAAAAGAUGGAAUUUUUUUUGAAUACAAAUUAAAUAUAUAUUUUAUAAAUUUUUUAUUUCAACAGUAUUCUUUUAUAAAUGAUGUUAAAAAUCAGAAUAAAUUUCGAGCCCACAUACGAGUGUACAGAAAAAUAUGUAAUCAACAUUUUUUUUAUUACAAUAGACAAAAUUGCACAGAUGAAAAGAAACAAUCUUUUAUAAAUUAUGUUUCUCUUUUUUUUGUUAGAAAUAAAAAUAUGUUUAUAAAAAAAAAUAAAAUAAUAAAGGAUAAUGUUGUAGGUUAUGGGAAAGAUACUUCUACUUGUGAUCUAGUUCAAUAUCUUAUUUUUCGAAUAUAUAAUAUUGAUCUAUUUAAUAUUUUUGGUGAUAUAACACUUGAAUUGAAUAGAUGUAGAACAGAAUCUAAUACACACAUAGCUAGCUGUUAUUAUGAAACUGAUGAAAAUAAAUCUAAAACAACAACAAACCAUCCAACAAAUGAUGAUAACAAUUUUUACUUUGAGGAUAGAAAAGAAACUAUAUUUAAAAACCGAGGCUGUGAUGUUCAUAACAAUUUGUUUCUUGCCAAUGAUAAAGCUAAAAGGGCGCAAAAGAAGAGGAAAAAUAGCGCGCAUCUAAAUAACGCGAAUCCAAAUAACGCGAAUCCAAAUAACGCGAAUCCAAAUAACGCGCAUCUAAAUAACGCGAAUCCAAAUAACGCGCAUCUAAAUGCGAACGGAAACAUAUUUAAUAUGAACGAUUAUAGGAAAAACUUGAAAUAUAUUCUAUUGUUAUAUGUUAAAAAAUUAAUAUUUAUUCGAGAUGAAGAAAAUAGGAAAAGAAGUAAAAGUGGUUUACCAGAUUGUGAGAAAAAAAAUAAAAAACGGGAUAUAAAUAAUUUAUUAAAAUAUAUUGCAUUUUUUAGCUAUAUAAAAAAAAAAAAAUAUAAAAACAUUUAUUUAGUUAUAUUAGAUUAUUUUUGCUAUUAUAAUCCAAUAUUAACAUAUUACAAAAAUCAAAAAGAUUUGUCUAAAUUAUAUGAAUAUGUAUAUUAUAAAAUAUAUUAUUUUUAUAAUGAAAAAUGUGUGAAAAAAAAAUUAUAUGGUUAUAUUUUUUAUAGAUAUUUAUUUAAGCAUAUGCACAUUUUUAAAGAUAUCUUUUCCUAUUACAUAUUAAAUAGCUAUUUUUAUUUUAACAAAAAAACGAUAAGUUUGUUAAAAAAGAAAAUGGAGAAAAAUGUAAAACAAACUGAUAUUGUAGCAAACGAUACGAAAUCGGAUAUUAUGAACAAAGGUGAUGAGAAUGGAAAUGGUGAAAAUGGUGAAGAUGACGAAAAUGGAGAUGACGAAAAUGAUGAGAGAGAAGAAACAUAUCAACAUUAUGAAUCGAAGAAUAAAAGAAGUGAACAUGAUGAUGAUGUUAUAAGGAAAGAUAUUAUAGAUGUGUGGAAAAUUUUUAUAAAGGAAUUAAUUAAUUGUGAUAAUUUUUCUGACCAAUUAAAACAACGGACAUAUUUUAUAUUAAUAUAUAAAUGUAAUAUGCCUUAUGCUAUAAAAAAAUAUGUAUAUAAAAAAAUAUUUCGCAAAUAUAUUAAUCUUCUUUGUAUGCACAAUAAAGAAAAGGUAUAUAAAUUUGUGAAAUAUAUUCAAGCAGAAAUUUAUCAACCUAUAUUUAUAAAAUACAAAAUUAAUAAUGUUAUUCUUUAUAUAUAUGAAAAUAGUGGAGAUUUUAUAAAAAUUACAGAUUUAUGUUUAAAAGAAAUAAAAAAUAAAAUUCUAAACAUAUUCUCAGUUUUUAAUAUAAAAAAUAAAUAUGAAUUUUCAAAAAAUAUUAAUUAUGAUGAUAUAUAUGCAAUAAAUUUUUCUAAAAAAAUUGAUAUAUAUAAUUUUUAUUCUAUGCCUUUUAAAAAAAAUGUAUUAAAAAAAUUGGGGCUCAAAAAAAAAGAAAAUGCAGACACAUAUCUAAGGGGGGAAAAUAUUUUUAUGAACAAUCUAUUCAAAGAAAUAAAUUAUGAACAUGGUCAGAAUUUUUUUUAUUAUUAUUUUGUUGGAAAAAAACAGCCUCAUAAAGUACAAAAGUUACAUGAUGAGGACCAAAAAAAAAAUGAUAUAACAAAUGUAGACAGAGAUAAUAAUAACAACAAAUAUUUUGAGAAUGCACCUGGUGAUAUAAAACGAACAAAUCAAACAAAAUCCAUGAAUAGUGGAAAUAACAAAUUAAGCAAUAAUAGUGAUCAUGGUGUAGAGAUAAAGAGAAAAGAGGAUAGCGAACAAAAUAAAAAUACGCUUGAUUUGAUGAAAUGCUAUUGGAUAUAUAAUACAGAAGAAUAUAACUUAAUUUUCUUAUAUAUAUACAUGCUGAGAUUUAUCUUGAAGAGAAACAAACAUAAUAAUAACAAGCUAAAUGAGUAUAUAAUAUUUCAUAUAAUUAAUGAAUGCCUAAAAAAUAUUAUAGAAAUUUCUGAACAAGUCAUAAAAAAAGAACAAAAUAAAAAAAAAAUGGAUUUUUUUAGCUACCUGUUUGAGCAAAUUUUACUUUUUGUUAUUAACAUAAAUUCCCAUGUGCAUACACAAAAAAUAUGCAAAAAAUUGUUAUAUAAGUAUAAAAAUUAUCAAAUAAAAUUAAUUAAGUUACCUUUAAUUGCUAUUUUAAAAAAAAUGAUUGAUGAACAUACAUUUUUUAAUGACAAUUGUCAAAUAGCAGAGAAUAAAAUAAAAGAACAAAUCAAAACGUAUACAAAUGGAAAAAAAAAAGGAUUAAUAAUUAAUUUUAAACCUGAACAUAGUCAUAAAUUUAAUACCGAUUUAUAUUAUAUAUCAUCAGCAACUGGAAAACAUAAAAAUUCUGAUUAUGAAAAUAGCCAAAAUACAUAUUUUUCUACAAAUGGCAUUGUUUAUAUUAAUAAGUGUGAACAUGGAUAUCAUUUUUCUUGUUCUCAAAAGUGUUAUCUAUGUGAUGAUUUUAAAAAAUAA